AUGGUCACCAACAUGCAUCCAGAGACAGAGCCGCUAUUGGCCUUGGAUCCGACCACCUCGCCAACACGCAAGUCAAAGAAACUUCUGAUUCUGAUCGUGUGCGCCAUCUUCCUCCUAUCGGCGGAGUUUGGGUUCUUCAUGUCGACCGCGCCGCAGACUGCCGUCUUCGAGGAUAUCAUCUGUCGCAACUACCAAGCUGAUCUUCAUCGCACGCAGAAUGGAACUCUGCCAGAUCCCAAUCCUUGCAAAUCAGAAGCUGUGCAGGGUGAACUGGCAAUUAUCAUUGGCUACAAGGAUACUUUUGAUACGCUUCCGAGUAUUUUGCUGUCGCUUCCAUAUGGAAUUCUUUCCGAUCACUGGGGGAGGCGACCAGUACUGUAUCUCAGCUUGCUGGGUAUCAUUCUCAGUGAAUUCUGGAUUAGGAUCGUUUGCUUGUGGUCAACUGUUAUUCCCCUGAGGAUGGUCUGGCUAUCAUCCGUGUUCAGGAUCAUCGGCGGUGGUGACGCGGUGCUCACAGCCAUCGCUUUAGUCAUAGUAGCUGACGUCUUCUCUGAGGAUGAAAGAUCAACCGCCCUAUUUCGCCUCCAAUCCUGCAUUGUCCUUGCAGAGAUCCUGGCUACUCCAUUGAGCGCCUACAUGAUGACAUUCAGCCCAAUGUUCCCCUAUCUCGUGAGCAUUUGUCUCAUUCUUGUAGGAAGCAUCCCGGCUUUGUUCCUCCCCGAGACUCUCGAGGAUGCAAAAGCGAAGCAAUCAUUGCAGGACAACUCGGAGCAGCGCGAUGAGAACGGGCAGUCUGAGCAAAAUGUCAACAAGUCCCCAUUGGAGGAAUUGAAGCGCCAAGCUCGCGAAUUCAAGGUCUCAACUCGGUUCAUAUGGUCUGACACCAAUGUCUGUCUCAUGAUUCUUGUGUUUUUCGUCACUAUCAUGACCCGACAAUCGACAAAUCUGCUUCUGCAGUAUGUGUCGAAGAAGUUUGACUGGAGCAUUGCUCGCGCCAGUCUCUUAAUCUCGCUGCGCGGGAUAUUUUCCAUGGCAACCUUCAUGGUCCUCAUGCCAGCGCUGACCUUCCUUGCCGCCAAAUACCUAAACCUCCACGGUAAGCGAAGCGAUCAUGUAAUGAGCAAGGGCAGCGGAAUUAUUUCAGUCAUCGGGUUUGCCGCAAUCGCCCUCGCCCCGACACCCGCCAUCCUCAUCUUUGGCCAGAUCAUCCUGUCAAUGGGCAUGGCAUUCGCGGUGAACUCUCGCAGCCUUGCCACGGCACUCGUACUCCCCGACCAUGUUGGCACCUUGUACUCGGCACUGGCCAUCACACAGUCUGCUGGUAUGCUUGUCGCCGGCCCAUUGUUCGCCAACCUCUUCCGGUUAGGCAUGCACCUUGGCAAUGCUUGGAUGGGUCUUCCCUUCUUGCAAGCGUCUCUCUUUUUCGUUAUUGCCGUUGUGGCUGUUUGGCGCAUUCGACUUGGACCGUCGCGGAUUAGUGAUGAGGAGCAGGAAUCCUCGGCUGAAUAG